AUGGCCAGCAGAGACAUCUUCGCAGCCGACAGCAGCAGCAGCAGCAGCAGCAGCAGCAGCAGCAGCAGCAGCAGCGCCAGCAAGGAAAUUCCAGUCGACGAAUUUGGCGCAGCCGUGCGCGCCGCAUUCGAGGAGGCGUACGCCAGGCCCAGCGUCGCGGCAGGCGUGGUGCGGCGCACAGCGCAGGCGGGCGUGGUCAGCGCCAGCAUCACGACGUGGCAGCGCGACUUCACCGGCGCGCGCAAGCGGCGGGUGGCGCAGACGCUGGUGCUGGGCAUCGGCGGCGGGCACGCGGCCGAGCUGGCGGCUGGCGCGGCGGCCGACGUCAGCAGCGAGGUGCAGGCGCUGGAGUCGCCGACCGACGCAGCGCUGCGCGCCGUGCUGCGUGGCGACAAGGGCGCGCGCACAGUCGAGGUCUGGCGCGGCGGCGUGUUGCAGCGCAGCUUCGACGUGGCGGCGGCGCACGGCGACUUUUACGGCGACGCGACGUUCGGCAGCCUGGCGUGGAGCAACGACAACAGCGUGGUGGUGUACGCGGCCGAGCCGCCCGCGCAGCCCGCGCACGGCGCCGACAUGGCGGCCUCGCUCGACGCCAGCCCGUUUGCGCUCGACGGCGACUGGGGCGAAACGUUCGGCGGAAAGCGGCCGCCGGUGCUGGUGGCGCUGCGCGUGGCCGACGGCGCCGUGCGCGUGCUGCAGACGCCGCGCGGCGUGUCGCCGGGCCAGGCGCUGUUCCUGCCGGGCGCGGCGCACCGCAUCGCGUUCGUCGGCUACGAGCACGGCGCGCGCAAGCCGGGGCUGGUGUACUGCCAGAACCGCCCGGCCGCGCUCUUUGUCGGCGCGCUGGCCGGCGGCUUUGAGCGCGUGCACAGCGGCGCCGUGCGGUCGCCGCGCCUGGCGCCGUCGGGCCGCACGCUGGUGUUCCUCGAGACCGGCGCCGGCGGCCCGCACGCGGCGGCGUCGGCGCUGAGGCAGUGCGACCUGGCCACCGGCGCCGUGCAGACGCUGGUGCCGGUGGUGGCGCGCGCGCAGCCGGGCCCGCAGACGCUGGGCGGCACGCGCGUGCCCGGCGGCUUUCCGGGGCUGUACGCCGACCAGCUGCCGCGCUCGCCAUGGCUGCGCGUGGCCAACGCCGCCGACCGCGACGUGCUUGCGCUGUCGUCGACCUGGCGCAGCACCAGCGCUGUGCUGACGCUGGACCUGCACGCGCGCCGCCUCGCGCGCCACUCGCCGGUCGACGGCGCGGCGGCCGUGGCCGCAGACGUGCUGGGCUGCGCCGGCGACCUGGUUGCGGCCACGCGCUCGACGCCGGCCGCCACCGCGCUGGCCGUGGGCGAGGCCGCGCUGGGCGCCGACGGCGACGUCGAGAUAGCGUGGCACGCCGCGCGCAGCGAGGGCGCUGGGAACGUGACCUGGAGCGUUGAGCCGAUUGGGCCGGCUGCGUGCGCUGGCCACACUGGCUGGCCCGGCUUUGCCGAGUCGAUCCUGGUGCUGCCUGCAGCGCCCGCGCCGGCCACGCGCUUCUUCUGGCCGGCCGGCGCCGCCGGGCCGCCGCCGCUGGUCGUCAUGCCGCACGGCGGGCCGCACACAGCACACACGCUGGCGUACGGCGCGCAGGUGGCGGCGCUCGUGCGGCUGGGGGUCGGCGUGUUGCUGGUCAACUUCACCGGCUCGCUGGGCUUUGGCCAGGACGCCGUGGCCGCGCAGAUCGGCCGCAUCGACUCGCUGGCGCUGGCCGAGAUCCAGGCCGCCGCGCAGGCCGUGCACGCCGCCGGCCGCGGCGACGCGCGCCGCACCGUGUACAUGGGCGGGUCGUACGCCGGGUACACUGGCGCGCUGCUGGCUGCGCGCGCGCCGGGCUUCUACCGCGGCUUUGUGCUGCGCAACCCGGUGGUCGCCAUGGCCGCCAACGCCGUGACGUCCGACAUCGCCGACUGGUGCUGGGCCGAGCUGGGGCUGGCCUACGACUUCCAAGCGCCGCCGCUGCUGACGCCGCCGGUCUACGAGCAAAUGUGGGCCGCGUCGCCUGCCGCCGAGGCCGACGCCGUGCGCGACCCGGUGCUGCUGCUGCUGGGCGCCAACGACCGUCGCGUGCCGCCGCAGCAGUCGUUCGAGUACUACGCGCGCCUCAAGGCCGCCGGCAAGCGCGUGCACUGCCGCGUCUACCCGGGCGUCGGCCACCCGCUGGACUCGGUCGAGGCCGAGCGUGACGGCUUCGACGCGAUUGCGCGCUUCUGCAGGGCCAGCCUGGCUGGGGAAGACGAAGCAAAGCAAAGCAAAGCAAAUGAAUGA